AUGACCUCCGAAGAACCUAUAGAUGUUGUCAACAAAAAAGCAGAUGCAAAAAAAACAGAUGACGGCACUAAUUUCACAGAAGAAAUACAAGAAAGCAGAAAAAAGAACGAAGAAGAAAAACAAAGGCGGUCACAUGAAUUAAUGCGAUUGGUGUAUGAACUGCCAGAGGAAAUAAGGAAUCCAGGAAUCAAUGAAAAUAACAAUAUGCUGAAAGAAAACCCACCUAUUACGAUCGUAGAGAUCACAGAACAAAAUGGUUGUGAGACAGAAUUAGAAAGUGCCAGGGAAUGUGAUAACGAAGUUUACCUUAAAGUUACUGAUGGGGAUAGUACAGAAGAUUUAGGAAAUAAGGUCGUACUCGAUGUGUUAGCAACUAAUGAAUUAAUAAUGCAAUGUGCAGAUGAAUAUAAAGAAAUUAUUGAUAGGUCAUCACCUGAUGACUGUACGGAUGAAGAAUUGUCCGAGUUGAAAAAGAUUCUAGAAUGUAAACCUAAAGUACUGGAAAGGUAUAUAAGAGAAUGUGCAUCUUCUGAUGAAGUAAAUAGACUACAUAAUCUAACAUCAUCAGGACCUUUAUCGCCAAGACCGCGUCACGAAGCCCGAAGUACAUCUAUGACAUCAGACCUAAUCCAGCUAUGGUUAGCGUCGUCCCCAGUUAAGAGGUCGCGAUCACCCAGCGGGUCCGCUGAACAAACCCAGUUGGAUGAAGCGGAUCUGUUCAUGGACUUGAUCAAAGAUGUCGCCAACGAGCUCGACAUCGAUGUAUUAUGUCACAAGAUCCUGGUGAACGUAUGUUUGCUGACGUCAGCAGACAGAGGCAGCCUAUUCUUAGCUAAAGGUACACCACCAAACCGGUACCUACAGGCAAAACUCUUCGAUGUCACUAGAGAUACAGAAUUAAACGAUGCUCUCAAAACAGCGCGGACACAAGAGAUCAAGAUUCCUUUUGGCGUUGGAGUUGCGGGUUUGGCAGCGCAGACCAAACAUCCAAUCAACAUUAGAAAUGCAUACGCAGACCCGAGAUUCAAUAGUGAAAUUGACGCCAGAACAGGUUACAAAACAGAGUUGAUACUAUGCAUGCCGAUAUGCAACUAUGAAGGGGACGUGGUUGGUGUCGCACAGAUUAUCAACAAAACUGAUGGAGCUCUAGAAUUCUCUCCUCGCGAUGUUGAGGUAUUCCGCCGUUACCUCACGUUCUGUGGUAUUGGCAUCCAGAACGCUCAACUCUUCGAAACCUCGGUAUUGGAAUACAAACGGAACCAGAUUCUUCUAGCAUUAGCUAGAAGUAUAUUUGAAGAGCAGAACAAUUUGGAAUGUUUAGUCACUAAAAUCAUGACGGAAGCGAGAGAUUUGUUGAAGUGCGAUAGAUGUGCUGUAUUUAUCUUAGACACGGACCAUUGUGAGUCGAGCCAUCUAGAACGGAUUGUCCAACGUCCUGGAGGUAGACCAUCAGCAGUGCCAGCGCUGCCCCCACCUGCACCCACUAGAUUCAACACGCUCUUUGAACUCGGUGCCCAUCAAUCUAGGACUACCCUCACGCCGAGACAUGACACCAAAUCGACUUUAGCUUCUAUUGCCUUAACGGUGGCUCAAUCACACAAGGCUCUCAAUAUUUCGGACGUCAGCCAGUGGCGUAAAGAGAACAACAUGGAGGCGGUCGAUCCAGAAAUUGACGACGCUAUCAACGUUAGAACAAUGCUGUGUAUGCCUAUUGUCAAUGCGAAUAAGGAUGUUAUUGGCGUGGCACAACUAAUUAAUAAAGAAAAUGGUUCCCAAUUCACAGACGGAGAUGUUUCCAUUUUUGAAGCAUUCGCCAUCUUUUGUGGUCUCGGUAUUCAUAACACGCAAAUGUAUGAGAAUGCAUGCAAAUUAAUGGCAAAACAAAAGGUUGCGCUCGAGUGUUUAUCCUACCACGCUACAGCAUCAGCGGAAGAUACCAACAAAUUGUGCCAAGAUGUCAUACCCUCAACUGAAACGUACAACCUAUACAGCUUUCACUUUCAUGAUUUCGAUCUAUCUGAUGAGGAUACAUGUAAGGCGACGUUACGAAUGUUCUUACAAUGCAAUUUAGUUGAAAAAUUCCACAUACCAUACGAUGUUCUAUGCAGGUGGAUAUUAAGUGUGAAGAAAAAUUACAGACCAGUGAAAUACCAUAACUGGCGACAUGCACUCAACGUAGCACAAACUAUGUUUGCUAUGCUGAAAACUGGUAAAUUGGAGAGAUUCAUGUCAGACUUAGAAAUUCUUGGACUGCUGGUAGCUUGUCUAUGCCACGAUUUAGACCAUAGAGGAACUAAUAAUGCCUUCCAAACGAAAACUGAAAGUCCACUAGCCAUACUAUAUUCAACAUCGACAAUGGAACACCAUCAUUUUGAUCAGUGUGUCAUGAUUUUGAAUAGUGAAAGCAAUAAUAUUUUCCAGGCGCUUUCUCCAGAUGAUUAUAGAGAUGUAAUGCGGGUUGUGGAGACAGCUAUAUUAUCUACCGAUCUGGCCAUGUACUUUAAAAAGAAAUCAAAAUUCCUAGAGCUUGUGGACAACGGGGAAUUUGAUUGGCAGAGUCCGGAGAAGAAAGAACUAUUAUGCGGCAUGAUGAUGACUGCGUGUGACGUGUCAGCGAUAGCAAAGCCUUGGGAGGUUCAGCAUAAAGUAGCCAAGUUAGUGGCAGAUGAGUUCUUCGACCAGGGUGAUUUGGAGAAACUGCAGCUUAAUCAACAACCUAUUGCUAUGAUGGACAGAGAAAAGAAGGACGAACUGCCUCAAAUGCAAGUCGGUUUCAUUGACAUGAUAUGUCUGCCCUUGUACAAAGUGCUAUCCGAUACAUUUCCAUGGAUUCAACCGCUAUAUACAGGCACAAUGGAGAACAGGCAGCGUUGGCAAGAUCUAGCGGAGAAGGUUGAAAUGGGUCUCACUUGGAUAGACCAUGAUACCAUUGAUAAACCUAUUGAAGAAUUUACCGCAUCUAAUGAACCGAUCAAAGAUGUAGAACUAACUGUUACCACGCUCAACUGCGCGAAGACAAUCCAAGAGUCAAGCAGUACAGCUGUGGUGAAACCAAUAAAAACUUCCUUCUCGUCGCUGAGGAGAGGGAAAAGUGGGAACUUCACGUCAAGGCCAGCAAGGAAUAAACUGACUAGAUCUCUCUACGCGGCAACAAGUACACAACGCGACGUCGAGAAAGAGAAGGCGAUAGUGAAGAAACCGACCGUGGUGAGUUCGGACAGCAACAACCACACGACCGUGGUGCCCGCGGAGCAGCAGAACAAAACGAAGCAUAAAGGAAGACUAUGUCAUAUGUUGUGACGAUUAAGUUUUAACUGGAGCAGUCAGAACAGCACAGAAAGAGCCGAGAAACUGGACAGAGUGAAGCCGUCCAAAUCAAUCGACUAGUUCAGUACCCGCUCGUGACUACGUCUUGGAUGUAAAGUGAUUAGCUACUACUUGUACAUUUCUACUA